AUGGCGGACGUUGGAAUUGAUCGCAAUGCGGAUGAGAAGAUGGAGUUCUCGACCUCCAAGGAGGUCACGGUCCAUCCCACUUUCGAGUCCAUGUCGCUGAAGGAAAAUCUUCUUCGCGGCAUCUAUGCCUACGGUUACGAAUCGCCUUCUGCCGUUCAAUCGCGAGCCAUCGUCCAGGUUUGCAAGGGACGCGACACAAUUGCCCAGGCCCAGUCUGGUACGGGUAAAACUGCCACUUUCUCUAUCAGUAUGCUACAGGUUAUCGACACCGCCGUUCGCGAGUCGCAGGCCCUUGUACUGUCGCCCACGAGAGAACUUGCGACACAGAUCCAGUCCGUUGUCAUGGCUUUGGGUGACUACAUGAACGUCCAGUGUCAUGCCUGUAUUGGCGGCACCAACGUUGGGGAGGAUAUUCGCAAGCUCGACUACGGCCAGCACAUUGUUUCUGGCACCCCUGGCCGGGUCGCUGAUAUGAUUCGCAGACGCCACCUGCGCACGCGCCACAUCAAGAUGCUGGUACUCGAUGAAGCUGAUGAACUUCUUAACAAGGGGUUCAGAGAGCAAAUCUACGACGUAUACCGCCAUCUUCCUCCCGCUACUCAGGUCGUUGUUGUCAGCGCUACGCUGCCUUACGACGUACUGGACAUGACCACCAAGUUUAUGACCGACCCCGUCCGAAUCCUGGUCAAGCGUGAUGAGUUGACUCUGGAGGGCCUGAAGCAGUACUUUAUUGCUGUGGAAAAGGAGGACUGGAAGUUCGAUACACUGUGUGAUCUUUACGAUACACUUACCAUUACACAGGCCGUCAUCUUCUGCAACACUCGUCGCAAGGUUGACUGGCUGACGGACAAGAUGCGCGAGGCCAACUUCACAGUCAGCAGCAUGCACGGUGAAAUGCCCCAGAAAGAGCGUGACAGCAUUAUGCAGGAUUUCCGUCAGGGCAACAGCCGUGUUCUGAUUUCUACCGAUGUCUGGGCUCGUGGUAUUGAUGUCCAACAAGUUAGCUUGGUCAUCAACUACGAUUUGCCUAGCAAUCGUGAAAACUACAUCCAUCGUAUUGGUCGUAGUGGUCGUUUCGGUCGCAAGGGUGUCGCCAUCAACUUUGUUACCACGGAUGAUGUCCGCAUUCUUCGCGAUAUCGAGUUGUACUACUCGACACAGAUUGACGAGAUGCCAAUGAAUGUUGCUGAUCUCAUUGGAGCUUAA